UAGAUGGUCUCCUGAAUAUAAUUAAAGACGACAUCGUUCAAUGGGACCGAUUGGACAACGGAAUGGAUGUUGGCAGAAACCGACGACAUCGGCAGCACCAUUUUGAUAUGUACAUUCAUCGUAUUCAAGAACCACUGGAAAGUAGACGGUACUCAAUGGCGGAGUUUUUGGAGAUGGCGGUGGUAAGGCGGAUAGAAGUUCGAUUUCAAUUGGACACUGCUGUUAACAGGCAACAAUAUUUAAAUGAUGAAUUGAUGAUGGAUGAAGAAGUCCAAUUAAAUCACAUACAAAACAACCAAGGUGGAGCUAGACCGGAUGAGUUGCUACCAGUUGCGGUAGCUCUUGACAAUCAAGAAUUUGUUGCUGCAGAUGUUCAUCAUCAAUUACCAGAUGCAGCAGCCCCUGAAGAUGCAGUACCUGUUGCAGCGGGCCUUCGAAUCGAAUUACUAGAUGCAGCAGCCCCUGAAGAUGCAGUACCUGUUGCAGCAGGCCUUCGAAACAAAUUACUAGCUGCAAUAGCUCCUAAUGAAGCACUUGCUGCAGAAGAACUAACAAAUAAUAUAAAUUAUUAUGAAAAUGAAGUUCUCACGGAGGAGGAGCCUGAAGAACAAGCGUGGAUUCAAGCAUUCACUCAAGGUAUGAUUUUCCAAGAUCAACCAGCACCAGAAGGUACUGACCCUUACCGUUUGUGUUUGGAAAAUAAAACCAAAGUUAUCUUUUGCCCCUGUGGACAUCUGAGUUUAUGCCUGGAGUGCAGGUAUAAAUUUGAAGCAUCAAUUCAAAGAAGGAAUUUACUACCAAUGAACAACGCGCCGUUAAUUUGUUUUAUAUGUCAGGCAGAAUCUUUCAUCUAUAGCAUUGAUGGAAAUUUAUGA